CGCCUCUCUGCCCUUGCACCUGCGUACUACGGUGCCUGUCCGUCGCCGCGGCCCGGAUCGGGAAGUGUCAAGCGGGAGCUGGGUUCCCCCGCCUUCGCUGCUAUCACCGCUGACCCCCGGACCCCAACUCCAGGCCCGGGCCCAGCCGCCAUGACGAACGUGUACUCCUUGGAUGGGAUUCUGGUGUUUGGUUUGCUCUUUGUUUGCACCUGUGCCUACUUCAAGAAAGUACCUCGUCUCAAAAGCUGGCUGCUCUCAGAGAAGAAGGGAGUUUGGGGUGUGUUUUACAAAGCUGCUGUGAUUGGAACUAGGCUGCAUGCUGCUGUAGCAAUCGCCUGCGUUGUAAUGGCCUUCUACGUCCUGUUUAUAAAAUGAAUUCCAAAGCAUCCAUUUCAUCAACUGCCAACCAAGGGGACGAAGGUGAAGAGCCUGUCAGGAACCUGGGCCCAGCGUAGGAGAGUUCAGCUAAAAUCAUCAAAGUCCCCAGGAUGACACCACAGCAUCUGCCCCUAUGUUAUGUGGGGAAAACUCCUCGUGGUUACAAACAUUAUUUAUGCUUCAGGGGACUACAGAAAGCCAGCUUCCUUUGACCUGUGUGUAAAUCAGUCCUCAGCAGAGAGCCUAUAAUGUCCAGAUAAAUUACACCCCUCAGUGAUACGAUUACAUACCUCCUGCUGAAAAAUCUGUCACCUAUUUUGUUCUUCAGCCCCUCAUCAGGAACUUUUCACACUGAGGCUCAUUAGGGGAGGAUAUAAGCUGUAUUCAAACUUCUUGGAAGGAGAGAUAAUUUUCAAGACUUGACUUUUUUUUUUUAGUGUUUGAUUUGGAUUUGGCAAAUUGCAGGGGGCUGGGAGGCUGGGGUGGGGAGGCUGGGUGGGAAAUAGGAGUUAAACAAUGCCAAGGAAUAUUUUGGCUUUGGAAAUUUAUCUUUCAUAUACCCAUCUGGGCACAUAAGAGAGAGGCAUGAUCCUCAUUGCAAAAAGAGAACAGACGAAAUAGCUGUGCUGUGUGCUGGUAGACAGAGAGUUUUGCCAAGAGAAUCUGGGCCUAAGUUAAGAUUUGGAAAUUGUCUGUGAUGAGACCAGAAAGGAGUAACUUAGACAAGAAACAAUGUUCUAUUCACCAGUAUUCCCAAAAGGAAACUUCACCCCCUCAAAUGGUAUAUUGAAACUGUUGCUAUUUUCCUAAAGCUUUUUAAAUAUUUUCUAAAUUACUGAGUGCUAAAUACUGUUACUCAGUUUUAAAUGCCACCACUAGGGGAAAGAAACUACUGAAGAAAUAAUUUGCAGUUGGGGUAGAAGAAAUAAAUAAAUCUAGUAUAUUAAUUCAUAUACUAGUAAAGUCAUCUAGAAUUUAUUGUGAUGUUAGAUGGAAGUUCUGUCAUAUUAACCAAGAUACAAACUUAUUCUUUGUUUAACUCUGGGUUAUUAUGGCAAUUUUCAGUCGAUUACUUGUGUUUCUUGGCCCGCUUUUAAUUUUCUUCAUAUUGUAGUAUUCUUUAACUGUCUCUUGGAAAUUAUAAGAACAUGGGAAAUUUGAAUGAGAGAAGUUGAUGGCAUUCAUAGGCAUGUUUGGACAGUUCAGAGAAUCCAUGAAUAAAAUGAGAGUGUUUUCUAAAGUACAGGAAAGCAGAGGUUUGCAAUUGGGAUUGAUGGGCUUUUCCAUGGAGUAUGGGAACUCCUGAGCAAAUCAUUUUCGAUGACUCUACAUUUGAAGGGAAGACUUCUCCAUUCCCUCCUCCUUUUAUCUGCAAAAGGAUCAACUGUUGCAUUUAUGAAGCCUAGAACUUCUCUAUUAAAAAAAAAAAGAGUUGGUCUAAAAUUAAAUUAUCGUAAAGAGCAAGCAGAGACAUAGGUCUACCAGUGGAAUUGUUCACUAAAGUAAAACUUGACUUUGGACAAGUUGGCUGUGGUUGACCCCAGCGUGGCAGUAAAUUGUCUUUUGUCUUAUUCCAAAAGAACAAAGGCUGCUAGGAAGUUUAGGUUCUGAAACAUGCAGUUCAGUGCUUUGACGGUUCCUAGAAGUACAGAAAGUCAUCAAGUAAACACUGCAUGUCUAAUCAUCUCAGAGUUAUGGCUGUUAUCUCUUCAGGAAUUGGUCCACAGGGUAAAUUUCAAUGAUUCAUAUAUUUUUAUUGUCAUUUCUGAGGAUCUUUCACACAAGAGAAAGGAAAGCUAGUGGAACAGAAAGAAGAGUUACACCUUGUGGGUGUGAGUUUGGAACCUGUUGGCCAACGGGAAUAUCACUCUCUGGAAAUACAGGUUCAGCAUGUUUUGCACUUGUUAUUUUGUAGCUUUAAUGACUUGUGUUUCCUAAUAGGGCUAAUAUCUCUAAGCUUGGUGUUUAGAGCUUCUUCAUAUUUUAAACUAGUCCCAUUUCACAGUUCAGAUAAAUUUUUACAGCCUCCUGGGUGGGUCAUCUUGACCUAAACUCUUGAACUGUUAUAUUUUGAGAUGUUUUCAUACCAGAAUGUACCAAAAAGUACACAGAGUGAAGGUAAUUUACAGCAAGAAGCAAAUACACAGCUUAUUUCAUUUCUUGACUUUAGAUAAGCAGAAACUUGUUUAAUUCAUUACUUUGGUUGAUGUGUCAUAUAUUUUUGACUGAAAAUUGUAGGAAGUUGUUCCUCUAAGGGAGUCCUUUAGGGGUGGAAGAAGGGGGAUAGCAGUGUUGCCUCAGAUUCAAACUGGCAUCACCAUAAACCCUGUAUGCCAGGGUGGAAUGAAGUCAGCUUUUUAUAGUUGAAAUAAGACUUUUUAUUCACCAUUGUCUGCACAAAUCCUUGAAAAUAAAGUUUCUUUCCCUAC